ACAGUUUUUAGUUAUAAUAAACGGUAUAAAAAAGUAUGACGUCAUGGAGGAGCGGAAAACGUGGCAGAUGUACCAUGAUGAAAAACGAUGACUUUAAUGUCAGAGAAGAAACACAAUCUAUAUGGAGGGCAAUACAUGGACUAGGAACAGAUGAAGAAGCAAUCAUUCAAAUAGUUUCAUCCUGUAACAACGCACAAAGGCAAGAAAUAAAAAAAGAAUUUACUGUUCUUUAUCAAAAGGAUCUCAUCAAAGAAUUCAAAUCUGAAUUAAAGAUUCGAUUUUCACCAGAUUUUAAACAAUUAUUACUCGCAUUAUUUCAACGACCCCUAGUUUACGAUGCUGUAUGUUUGAAAGGAGCAACAAAAGGACUUGGAACUGACGAACGGUGUCUUGUUGAAAUUCUCCUUACCCGAACAGCAGCUGAAAUGCAAGGAAUCAGAGAGGAAUAUUCCAGAAAAUUUAAGCUUUCAUUAGAAGAUGAUGUUGCAGACGAUACAAGUGGAGAUUUCAGAAAAUUCACGUAUACAUUGAGCAGAGGGAAAAGGUCUCCCUCUUCAUCGGUCGAUGCAGAUAAAGCCCGAAAUGUGGCAUCACAGAUUUAUUCAACAUAUACUGAACUACGAGGAACAGACCAACCAAGAUUCGAUUUUAUUGGUUUAUGUUGUUGUGAAGGAUUUCCACAGUUGAGGAAGAUUUUCGAAGCUUAUAAAGAGGUUACAAAAAGUGACAUCAAUGCUUUUAUAGAACGAGAAUUCUCAGGCGAUGUCGAAGAAGGUUUAAAAUGGACGGUGAAGUGUGCAAACAGUAUUCCUGAAUUUUUUGCUGAGCUUUUGCACAAGAGUAUGGAGGGAAUUACAACAAAACAUGAUAUUUUGACUCGAAUUGUGGUGUCAAGAUCUGAAAUCGACUUAGCAGAUAUCAGAGAAAUAUACGAGAAGAAAUAUGGAAAAUCUCUCAUCAAUAAAGUUAAAAGCCACGCAACUGGUGGAUACAAAAAAUUGCUUGUUGCAAUAAUACAAGGAAAUGGCGAAAAAGACAAUCAACAGAUUACUCAUUAGUUUGACGCAAAGUAUAACAAUCCUGGAUUAAUCCAGAUUUAACUGGUCAAAACCGAAUCGAGCCAUGGUUUCAAAACUACAUUGCACUAUAAAAUAAUACAUCAACCAUGAAGAUUUCAAAGUAUUCACAGGGCCAUAUAAUAUUCAAAUAUCUUAGGCCAUUGGGGCAGUCUGUGAUGUAAAAACAAUCUAACAGUGUAAAAUGAGAUUCCGGUAAAACACAAAAUUACAAUUAGUUAUAAACUUGCUCGAUUUCCAUCUCUAGCUCUUUUAAAAUACAUGAUCAUAAUAUUUUCUGAACGGAAAACAAUUUUGGCCGUCAACAAGCGAAAUUGUCCAGCACAAGCAGUAUGCUUGGCCCGAGAUAUAUUUAGUGUAUAAACUUUCCAAGCGGCUGGAUUUGUUGACUGGAAUUAAUGGACGUGCACUGGUGUCAUAUUUUUUUAAAUAUUCACAAUAUCUCUAUAUUGCUCUGAAUAAAUUUUCCUCAUUGUGUUCUAUUCCUUACUCUAUUUCUAUUCUUCGAGGAAGUCAUUUGAUAAGCAUAGAUGGAUUUACUUAUUACGCUACUUCAGUUAAGAAUAUUGUGUAUCCGGCCUGUUUCGAAAUUUUCAAAAUUAAAUUUGGAAGAAUAUUAAUUGGUUUAGUAUCUUUUUUUGAAAAAUUAAAGCCAUCAACCAAUUAGUUAUUUAUACUGAUUGUGAUGUAGUCGAAUCGAAUAUUUUAUUUUGAUCCGUGUAUCACAAUAGCAAGGUGACUGGAGUUACUUCUACUCGCCUGGUGCAUAAUCGUUUACAUGAAAAAUUUGUUUUUUGUUCAUUUUUUAAACAAAUCUGCCUGAAAGCACUCAACUACUGAUAUUGGAAAAUAUGUUGUUUAUUGCCAUCAUCAAGUGCGUUUUAUCCUGGAAUUGAAUGUGAAAUAAUUCUCAAAAUAUAGUUUUUUGACAUUUUUUGAAAUAUCUGGGAUGGUUGUUUGGAAUGCAAUCUAAACCUAUACAAGUGUCAAGAAAUGACCUGACAAUGGUUGCUUGGCGCUUAAACAAAUAACGAUUUUUAUGUAAGAGUAUUCAAAUCACUCAGAAGUUAGAAAAAACUGAGUGAGACAUAAAUCUACAAAGUAAUAGUUUUUGCAAAAUACUUUAAAGUGGAACUUUUUUACAAGUAAACUACAAUUAACAAUUUUGUGAAAUAAAUUACUGAAUGAGACAAACCAAAU